AUGAAGCAAAAAAAGAUAUAUGAUGUUCAAGAUGAAUCCUCAAUCGAAAGUGAAAGUGCGAAUGGUGGUUGGAUACUCAAAUCUACACCGUUUGUAGUUUGUGAUAUAUUUCUAGAGCGAUAUGUGACAGCUGGUGUUUUAACGAUCCUUCCACUCUUCCUGCAUCUCAAACUUGGUCUCGAUCAAAAUACCUCAACAUCAAUUUUUCACACAUUUAACAGUACAAUGCUGUUAUUUACAAUUUUCGGAACGAUUGUGGCAGAUACGUGGUUUGGAUUAUAUGCAUCAGUUGUAGCCACAUCGAUUAUUUAUGUUGUAGGACUUGGAACUGUAGCAAUGGCUAUGGUUGAUCCUUUAAAUCUUCCAAUUGCAGUAUUUAUACCUCUUGGCCUAGUCAUAAUGAUGAUUGGAAGUGGAAGUCUCAAAAAUAAUCUAAAUGCCUUUGGAGGUGCUCAACAUAAACUUCCAGAGCAGAAGAGACAGCUCGAAAGAUAUUUUUCAGUUCAGUAUUUCGGCGUCAAGUGUGGAAGUUUUUUGACUCGAUUAAUUUCGCCAAUGUUAAGAGCGAAUGUAAAAUGUUUUGGGAAUCAUGAUUGCUACUCCUUAUCAUUUGGAAUUUUUGCUGGAAUCAUGAUUUUCGCAACUUUAACGUUUCUCAUUGGAAGUUCACAAUAUAAGAAAAUAAAGCCAAAUGGAAAUAUGCUAGUCAAAGUCAUAAAAUGUGUGAAGAACGCAAUAAAACAAAAGUCGAGAAGUAAACAACAACCAGAAGAUGAGCGAAAGCACUGGCUAGACUACGCAGAAGAUAAGCAUGGCAAGAAACUUGUCUUAGAGACAAAAGCAACUCUAAAAGUCAUCAUGAUCUCUCUUCCAGUUCCAAUAUUUUGGGCCUGUCUAAUGCAACAAAGGUCCAGAUGGAUUUUUCAGGGAACUAAAAUGAAUGGCGAUUUAGGAUGGUAUCAUCUUAAUGCUGAUCAAAUGAUUGUCAUUAAUUCAUUAUUAGCAAUAAUUUUAAUUCCAUUUAUGGACAAAUUCAUUUAUCCGAUUCUUGCGAAAAUUGGCAUCAAGACGAUGCUCGAAAGAUUAAUUUUUGGCGGAGUUCUUAUUGUCAUUGCGUUCACGCUUUCACUUGCUGUAGAGAUAAUCAUUCAACACAAUUACAUCUCCAUACUAUGGCAAAUUCCUCAAUUUGUUCUCAUUGCUAUAGCCGAAAUCUUCGUGUACUUAUCACAUCUUAAUUUUGCUUAUAAAGAGGCGCCUGCCAGCAUGAAGCCGGUCAUGAUGUCACUACUUUAUUUAAGUAUGGCUGGUGGUGACUUAAUAGUUGUUAUCGUCAGUGCGAUCUCGUUAUUUCCUUCACAGGCUUACGAGUUCUCAUUUUUCGUGUGCCUUACGAUUCUUGAUAUUGUUGUUUUGAUCUUUCUUACUCGCAAUUAUAAGCACGUGGAUCAUGAAUUGCUUAAUUCGUUAGAUACUGAGCGACUUACUAAGGCAUGAGAGAGAUGAAAGCUUUUAAUGACAAAAAUAAAACAAAUAGAUCCAAUUUUUUUAAUGUUUUUUAAUAAAAUAAUAAACAAAUAGAAAUUAUAGAAUUUAAGUCAACAACAAAUGUGUUUAAUAACAAAAUAAAUAUUUAAUGUUCAAAGCUAUUUAUCAGGCAAUAAAUUCUAGUCUGUAAAUAUUUGAAAAGUGAAGCUUUAUUGAUUCUUCGUGGGAACAUUUGAAAUCGUUCCGGGUGGUUAUUGACAUUGAUUUUAGCUGACGUGAUAACGAUAAAGAAAUUGAACUGGAUUAUUUCGAAACUGUCGAGAUCUAGACGAUUUGUAGACUAGGCCUAUAUAGAAUUUUCAUGCUCUACCCUCACCUCUCUUGAACUUUGGCUACGUCACUUAAUCAGUUAUUUACAGAGUGGAAUCUGAGGUAUUGAGACAUAUAUAGGCAAAUCUGCAAGUGCGAGACUUAGGCCUCUGUAUCCAAGUGGUUAAGCAACAGACCGAAUAUCUCUAUACCUCUUUUGUGAGGACGUGGGUUCGAAUCCCACCAGAAACUGAUCUCUCAAUCACUAUCAAAGAGUAUUGUCGAUAUGACAAUGAUUCGCAUAAUUUUCACGACAGCACAAUCAACUUAUAUUAUUAUGUCAUUCUGAGAAACUUGGAAAAAC